AUGUGUUGCAACUACUAUGGUGGCUCUGGCUACGGCUGUGGCUAUGGCUCCGGCUAUGGAUGUAGCUAUGGCUCCGGCUACGGCUGUGGAUACGGCUCUGGCUACGGCUGUGGAUACGGCUCUGGCUAUGGCUGUGGUUACGGCUCUGGCUACGGCUGUGGUUAUGGCUCCCGCUAUGGCUGUGGUUACGGCUCUGGCUAUGGAUGUGGUUACGGCUCUGGCUACGGCUGUGGAUACGGCUCUGGCUACGGCUGUGGUUAUGGCUCUGGCUACGGCUGUGGUUAUGGCUCCCGCUACGGCUGUGGUUACGGCUCUGGCUACGGCUGUGGAUAUGGCUCUGGCUAUGGCUGUGGUUACGGCUCUGGCUACGGCUGUGGAUACGGCUCUGGCUAUGGCUGCUGUGGAUACCGACCAUUUUGCUACAGAAGAUGCUAUUCUUGCUGCUAG